AUGACCGACGUCGAAGACGACCACGCGAACCGUUUCGCCAACGAUCCAUACACCUGGGACGGCCUGACAGGAUGGAAAAGUUUCCGAACUCUACGCCCUUUUCGCGGCAUGUAUUGGGAUGUAAGGCGACGAUUACCUUACUACUGGAGCGAUUGGGUUGAUGGCCUCAAUUACCGUACCUUUGCUGGCACCAUCCGUAUAUUCUUCGUCAAUCUGCUUCCUGCCCUGGCCUUUGAAUUGGACAUGAUGCGAAGGACCGGAAAUUACUUUGGCAUCAACGAAGCACUGUUCUCCUCUGCGCUUGCCGCGUUUGUCUUCAGCUUAUUUUCAUGCCAGCCAUUGACAGUAGUUGGCAUUACGGGUUUGAUUUCGCUGUUUAACUACACCAUCUAUGACAUUGGUGCGGACCAAGGAAUUCGAGAUCUGUAUCCUCAGUUCAUCGCGUGGGUCUCAAUAUGGGCUGCAAUUACCCAUUGGAUGGCAUCCAUCUUCAACUGGUGCGAUUACAUGCGAUACAUCACCGAUUUCUCGAGCAACUCGUUCGGCACGUAUGUGUCCAUCAUCUAUAUGAGUAGGCUCGAGCCCUUUCAGGCCUACUGCUAGUCAAAGACAUGCUGAUUUUCAUUGCAGUCAAGGGUGUCGAAGAGCUCGUGGCCCUUUUCGACGAGACCAAUGCGGAAGCUGGAUACUUGGGAAUUGUCAUUGCAAUCAGUUUCUGGGCGACGGUGUGGUUCUUGGAGAGCAUGGGCAGCACCAUCUACGUCCGGCCUUUUGUUCGGAAAUUACUCUCCGAUUACGCCUACCCGAUCGCCACCAUCUUCUGGACCGGAUUCUCACAUAUUCCAGGCAGAAUCAAAAACGCUGGAUUGUCAAGAAUUCCACAUACCCGUGCAUUUUACCCAAGUCAAGAUCGCGGCUGGCUUGUAGAUUUCUGGAAUCUGCCUGUGAAAUGGGUCUUCGUUGCGUUGCCACUCGGAAUACUCCUAACAUUGCUCUUCUACUACGAUCACAAUGUCAGCUCUCUCACUGCGCAAGCUAAGCAGUUCCCUCUCAAGAAACCAGCAGGCUUCCAUUGGGAUUUCUUCCUGCUCGGCUGCACGUCUUUCAUCGCCGGUAUCAUCGGUCUUCCGCUUCCGAACGGAUUGGUCCCGCAGGCACCUGUACAUACCGACUCUCUGGUCGAAUACCGCGACUAUCUCACCAAGACCAAAGAGAAGACAGAUGACGACACCGCCGACUCUUCGCAAUGGGUCUCUCACAACUACAAGAAAGUCGAAGCCGUGAUGGUCCGCGAACAACGAGUCUCGCAUUUCCUCAUGAUGCUCGCACUCGUCGGCUGCAUGACCGGUCCCCUUCUCAUAGUCUUGCACACCAUGCCGCGCGCUCUCUUCGCGGGCGUCUUCUUCGUCGUCGGCUGGAGCGGCAUCCCCGGCUUCAACAUCACCCAAAAUCUCCUCUACUGCAUGAGCGAGAAACGCUUCACGGAACCCGGAGAUCCCCGCAACACACUCAAGAAAUCGCGAAUUCUGUACUUCACCUUCUGGCAAGUUCUCGGCAUUGCUAUCAGCGUGGCAAUCUCGCAGACCAUCGCCGCUAUUGGGUUCCCCGUCGUUAUUGUCUCCCUCAUUCCGCUCCGCUGGAUUUUGCUGCCGCGCAUCUUCACCGAACACGAGCUCAUGGUCCUGGACGCACCGACCGCCGACUCCGACGUCGUGCUCUGUUCGAUGGGCGGUCAACCGGAACGGCCCGAAGUCGUCAUGGCAAAGAAGAAGCGAGGAGAGCGAAACGCCAGCGGCGAGGAAGCGGCGGCAUACAGUAGUGGCAGUAGCGAGACGGGCCAGGUCAUGCGGGAAAGGAAAAGCACGAAAGAUGGAGAACAGCUCGCAGAGCAAGAACGGGAGAAGAAGAGGGAAGCCGAGGGGUUCAAGACGACGCUUAAUACGGGGCAUAACUAA